UCCAUUGUGAGGCAAACUAAACGCAUUUCUGAGGGUGAUGUUUUAUUAUUAAAGAAUGUUGAAAAUCAGCUUGAAGAUGCUCAAAAAAUACAAGCUGCUGUUUUUUAUUCAAUUACUUCAACUCAGAAAGGUCUUCAUGGCAUUGAAUUAGGAAAUCAGUUAAUUAAGAAGGUUGUGCAUGAAGUUCUUUCUGAGUUUCCACACAUAAACAAAUUGUCAUCUUUGUCUCCAAUCCCAGGUUUUCGUGACUGGUUACUUUUGGAAAUCAAAAAAAUGAUGAAUGGGGAUUCUGUUAUAACAUCUUACUUUUCGGAGAAAGAUCUGUCAAUCAUGAAGGAAGUUUUACAAAGCAAAGAAUAUCCAAAUAUUUGGAAUUCUUUUCACUAUGUGAUAUCUUCAAAUAAGUGGGCAACUCAAGAAAAUCUGAAAGAAUUUCUAAGAAUGCCUCUGAUGAAAAUUUGUGCUCAUUAUUUAUACAAUGAGAAGAGGAGGUCUAAUGCUUUAAAUAGCGUAGCACAUUUUCAUUUAAGAAAUGGAGCAGUAUUAUGGCGUUUGAAUUGGGCAGCUGAUCUAUCACCUCGAGGCCUAGAUAACUCCUGUGGUAUGAUGGUCAACUAUAGGUAUUACAUAAAUGAAACAGAAAAUAACAGCAGAAAUUACAUGGAAAAACAUCAUAUUGCUGUUUCAGAGGAUUUCAAAUAUCUUCUUGCUCCAUCAUUCAAACUCUCCAGUGAUUUAAAGACUGCAAAUGAACUACAGUCCAAAGUCGUUAAUCUGUGCUCGUCGGUGAUUCCGGAUUAUAGAUCAUCAGUUUAAAUAUGGUAAGAUGGCAUGCAGAAAUUACAAAAUUAAAAAUAUAAAACCAUAAUUUAUGAAAUAAAGAACAAUUAUGAUCUAAAGGGUA